AUGCUACCCCUCCCAAUCCUCCUCAUCAUUCUCUUUUUCUACCUCCGUUACGGCAUCUGUCCCCCUACACCACUAACCCAAACCCGUCCCGCGAAGAUCGCCAAGGGCAAAGAUAUGCAGAUCACGAACCUGAGUAUCGCUGUGUCAUUAGAAGAGAGUGCAUUGGUUGUAAUGAACCGUGAUGGAGAGGUCGAUGAUGCACGAGCGGGGCUGUUGGUGCUAUCUCUCUUCCGCCUUGUUCCGUCUGCGGUCGCAAUUGCUGCGAAUGUUGACAUGAAAGAGGAACAGAGACAACACUCAAGGAGCAGCAGAUAG